AUGACUCUCAUAUUAAGAUGCGUAGAUGUUUCAGAGACUCCAAUUAAAAUAGAAGAGUACUUUUUAGAAUUUAUAAAUGUAGAAGAUACAACUAGUUUAGGUCUUUUCAAUGAAUUGCAAGUUGUUUUACGAUCUUUAGAACUUGAUAUUGAUAAUGUGAGAGGGCAAGGUUAUGAUAAUGGAUCUAAUAUGAAAGGCAAAAAUCAAGGUGUGCAAAGAAUAUUGCUUGACAUUAAUCCUAGAGCAUUUUACAUGUCAUGUGGUUCUCAUUCUCUUAACUUAGUUGUUUGUGACAUGGCAAAUUCUUGUGCUAAAGCAAAAUCAUUUUUUGGAGCAUGUCAAUGUAUGUACAUCGUGUUCUCUAAUUCAACAAAAACAUGGAAUAUUUUGCUUGAAUAUAUUGAUGGAUUAACUUUCAAAUCAUUCUCAACUACAAGAUGGGAAAGCCAUAUUGAAACGGUCAAAGCAAUAUUAUCUCAAGCUUCCCAAAUCAGAGAAGCUUUGUUCAAAUUAGUAGAAAUAAGUGAAGAUGGUAAAUUAAGUAGAGAUGCUGAAACUUUAGCAUCUGAUGAACUUUCAAGUUUUGAGUUUCUAUUAAGCCUUGUUAUUUGGCAUGAUAUUUUGCAUAAAAUUAAUUUAGUUAGUAAAAAAUUACAGUCAGAGAAUAUGCGUAUUGAUGUUGCUGUAAAACAAUUGUCUGGUCUUGUUUCCUUUUUUGAAAAAUAUAGAGAAAAUGGUUUUGAUUUUGCUAUAGUUGAUGCCAAAAAAAUAGCAUCUGAUAUGGAAAUUGAGCCUGUAUUUCCUAUAAAACGUAAAAUUUGUAGAAAGAGACAUUUUGAUGAAAUUGCUAACACUGAAAGAGAAAGUCAAUCACCAGAAGAAUCUUUUCGAAUAGAUUAUUUUAUGUUAGUGGUCGAUAUUGCUCUUGGGCAAUUGAAGAGUAGAUUUGAACAGUUGCAAUAUUUUGAAUCUAUAUUUGGGUUCUUGUAUGAUGUUGCAAAAUUAGUUUCAUUAGAUGAUGAUGAAUUGAUGAGUUCUUGUGUUAAUCUUGAAAAUACUUUAAGAAAUGGUGACACUUCUGAUAUUGAUGCAAAAUAUAUGUUUUCAGAACUACAAGUCUUGCAAGUAAUGUUACCAAGUGAAUCUUAUAAAACAAAUAAAAAAUGA